GGUCCGCUUGGCUUCGGCGUCGGCGUCGCUCCCGCGCUGGGGAGCUAGGCCGGCUUUUCUCCGCAGGCCGCGGUUAAGAGUCGGUGGCGAAGGGCGCGCGAAGGGCCGUCAGCCACGCGGCGUCAGCCGUGGCGUCGGGGUCGUUGUGUCGUGACAACGACUCCGGUAGCCGUGUCCGCGACAGCUGGUGCGGCCGCUUUAGCCCCAGGCGGGCUCAGCGGCUGCCUGGCGAGUCUGUGCUCGCGCCCAGCCCUUUCCUUCCUGGACCCAGCGCCAAGCAGCGACGCUGAGCCGACCGCCGGAGCGGCGGGCAAUGGCGGCCUCGACGGCCUCGCAUCGGCCCAUCAAGGGGAUCCUGAAGAACAAGAGUUCUACGACUUCCUCUGUGGUGGCCUCGGCCGAGCAGCCCGGCAGGAGUGUCGACGAAGAGCUGAGUAAAAAAUCCCAGAAGUGGGAUGAAAUGAACAUCCUGGCGACAUAUCAUCCAGCAGACAAAGACUAUGGUUUGAUGAAAAUAGAUGAACCUAGCACUCCUUACCAUAGUAUGGUAGGUGAUGAUGAAGAUGCACUGAGUGAUUCAGAAACCAAUGAAGCCUUGACCCCAGAUAUCUUAGCUAAGAAAUUAGCUGCUGCUGAAGGCUCAGAGCCAAAGUAUCGGGUUCAUGAACAAGCAAGCAGUGAAGAUGAGGAUAGUGACCUCUCACCUGAAGAACAAGAAAAAAAGCGACAGUUUGAAAUGAAAAGGAAGCUUCACUACAAUGAAGGACUGAAUAUUAAAUUAGCUAGACAAUUAAUUUCAAAAGACCUACAUGAUGAUGAGGAAGAUGAAGAAAUGUCAGAGACUGCAGCUGAAGAAAGCAUGAACACGGAAGAGUUAAAUCAAGGAUCUACUACAAGUGACCAACUGCAAAACAAAUCACAGAGUUCAUAGAAAAGAUUUGUUCAGCACUGUAAUUGUCAGAUACAGACCCUGUUCCUAUAAUACACUGCUUCUUGUUCUCAACAAUUCACGACUUAAGUACCAAAAUGCGUACCAGUUAUUAUAUAUUGCCAAGAAUUAAAUGACUUUCAAGACUAAUUAGACUGAAAAUGCCUAAUUGAUACAUAUAUUCUUGUGCCUAGUACCACAAAUAUAGCAUAAUGUCAUCAGUCCAAAACUACAUUACUUUUGUAAGAACACUGGUUAAUUUGUAUAUUAUAUAGCUUUUUAUGCUUUAGAAGUUAAAAUAAUAUCUUUUCGGGGAUCUAAUUUAUUUUCUUCACUUCUAGAUGUGAUAGCUCUUAUAAAAAGUUUUUUUUUUUUUUAAUCGUAAUCCAGUUGAAAUAGCAGAUUAUAUAAGCUGGUAAUAUUCAGUCUGAACAGUAUUUUAACAUGUGUCUUCAACUUGAUUUGUUUGUUUAAUUGAAAAGGAUCAUAAGAGUAACUUGGCAUUUUCUGGCCUACUAUCUCUAAAAUUCCCCUUGAGUUUCUUUAUGUUUACAAGGACAGGAUUGAUUUUUUCCUCAUCAAAACUAGCUUUUUUCACAAAUAAAUUACCGGGUUAAACUUGCAGUAACAUCUGCUCUGUUUUUUGUACACUCGAUGGGCAGACUUUCAGAUUAGUUUUUUAAACAAAUACAAUUCUGAUAUAGUCUCAACAUUCCCUUUAUAUACCUGUCUUAACCUCCUGCCUUUGUUUCUUUCUUCUUUCCACAUAUACACACACAAUAAAGUGUAAUAAAGAUGGUCAUGGAAUUAGGAACUCUUCUUUCUCUCACAUAUUCUAUCAUUUGCUGCUACAAUGAAAUGUUUGACUAUCAAUGCCUAUUAGUUCUUCUAAUGUAUGGAGAAAGUUGAACAGCAGCCAUACUAUAGACAGAAAAUACAAUUCAGCUGUGGAAUUUCUACACCUCUCUGAUUUGCAGCUUGCUAAUUAAAUUGCUAUAAUUAGUUUAUUGUUUGACUUAAUUAGACCUUAGAAAACAGCUAGCAGGUUUUUUUGCAUGAUGAGAGAAUUGUGUGUAACCGGUGAUAUGAUAGUUCCUGAAUGUACAGACAGAAUAAUCCUGAACACUUUCUAAUUUAAAAACUUUAAAUAGUCCCUGCUUUAAGGGAAUAUGAUAAUGUAUACUACAAAUGUGCUUUAUUCUUCUAACACAGUAAGAUCUGGAUUUUUUUCCUGAAAUGAAGUGCAGUUCCUGUGUUAGUUUAGUGAUAGUUUCAUUUCUAGUCAAUUAUUUGUAUCUUAAUUUUUUUGUCAGUACCAAAAGAAUUCAUUAUAUGAACAGACUUUUAAAAUAAUUUCUGUAUAUUGUAUAUAUGAAAUGGCUUUUAUUGAACAGCUUAUCUUCCACUUGCAAGUUUAUGAAAAUACCAAUAUGUCAAAAUAAAUAAAAAGCGGGGGAAUUCUUUGCUGUUAGAAGAAUGUGCUUUUUAUUUUGAAUGACUUUUUUUUUUUUUU